AUGGCUGCUCCCUUAGUAACCGUUUCCGAAACCAAGGACCUUCGCGGUCUGAACCUCAUCGCCGCGCAUUCUCACAUCCGGGGACUCGGCGUCGAUGCCACGAGUCUCGAGCCUAGGGCCUCGUCGCAGGGCCUUGUUGGCCAGGAAAAGGCCCGCAAGGCCGCUGCCGUCAUUCUGCAGAUGAUCAAAGAGGGCAAAAUUGCUGGCCGCGCCGUCUUGAUUGCUGGCCCGCCAAGCACGGGAAAGACUGCCCUUGCCAUGGGAAUGGCACAAUCCCUCGGCUCCGACGUUCCCUUCACAACCCUCGCGGCCUCAGAGAUCUUCUCCCUCGAAAUGUCAAAAACCGAGGCUCUCACGCAAGCUUUCCGCAAGUCAAUCGGCGUCCGCAUCAAGGAAGAGAGCGAAAUUAUGGAGGGAGAAGUUGUGGAGAUCCAGAUCGACCGAAGCGUUACUGGCAGCGCCAAACAGGGCAAGCUGACUAUCAAAACUACCGAUAUGGAGGCCGUGUAUGACAUGGGCGCGAAGAUGAUUGACGCCAUGACCAAGGAGCGCGUCAUGGCCGGCGAUAUUAUUUCCAUCGACAAGUCUUCCGGCAAGAUUACCAAGCUCGGUCGAUCAUACGCCCGAUCUCGCGAUUACGAUGCCAUGGGUGCCGAUACCAAGUUUUUGCAAUGCCCUGAUGGCGAGCUGCAAAAGCGCAAAGAGGUGGUCCACACCGUAUCACUGCAUGAAAUCGAUGUCAUCAAUUCGCGAACACAAGGAUUCCUGGCUCUCUUCUCCGGUGACACUGGUGAAAUUCGCAGCGAGAUCCGUGACCAGAUCAACACAAAGGUUGGCGAGUGGAAGGAGGAGGGUAAGGCCGAAAUUGUUCCUGGCGUACUGUUCCUCGAUGAGGUGCAUAUGCUUGACAUUGAGUGCUUUUCUUACGUCAACCGAGCCCUGGAAGAUGACCUGGCACCAGUCGUCAUCAUGGCCAGCAACCGAGGCGUCUCGCGUAUUCGCGGCACCGACUACAAAAGCCCACACGGCCUGCCCCUCGAUUUCUUGGAUCGUGUUGUCAUCAUCAACACGCAUUACUACAGCACCGAAGAAAUCCAGAAGAUUUUGUCCAUCCGAGCGCAGGAGGAAGAAAUCGAUAUUUCUGCAGAUGCCCUAGCUCUGCUCACAAAGAUCGGCCAAGAAGCUGGCCUCCGUUACGCCAGCAACCUGAUCACCACAUCCCAGCUAGUUUCAGCAAAGAGAAAAUCCAAGCAAGUCAGCAUCGACGACGUCAAACGAUGCUUCCAGCUCUUCUACGAUCCCGCCAGGAGUAUCGAGUUUGUGAACAAGUCCGAGAAGCGACUAAUUGGCAACGAUGGUGGCGUCGACUUGUCAGUCCAGAACGGCAGCACAAGCCAGGCUCCUGCUCCUGCUGCAGCGGCUCCUGGGGCUGAGACAAUGGACCUGAGCUAAAUCUUGAACAAUUGGGGAGAUGUUAGAAGGGGAUCUUUCAGAUGGCUGGCGUUUUUUUUGGGCAAUUUCGUAAGAAAACAAAGAUGGGCAGGAAGGCGGGGACAGAGAGAGGAUGAAUGUUAAUGGAAACUGUAUGUAUCAUAAAAUAAGCAGUCUUUGGGCGUAUGAGGGUCUCAGUAGAAAACGACCUCUUUGGUUAAUUUUGCAAUAAAGAAGUAAACUGGCAAUGUUAAAUUUGAGUUUUUUCUGCUCUUCGGU